CUAAUUAUACAGAAUCAAAAAUAGAUUUUCCCGAAGAAAAAUUAAUAUUCUGCCCCCCCCCUCCUCCCUCUUCUUGGGAAAAAAUAAGUGCAACAGGUGUGUGGAUGCUGGAUUAGAACUGGACAUCACAAAAGAUCAAAAAUGGCAAUAGUAUGGAGUUUCACGUUAUCGUUAAUGGUUCUUCUGACGAAUUCUUUUUAUCCACUUAACGCCCAUCGUGAGCAUAAGGUUCACAAUAUUGUUUUGUAUCCGGAUAAGCAGAGUUGGUGUAAAACAACGCCAAUUAAGCAGGUUGUCACUUGGCCUCAAUGCUCAUCCCAAGAAUUGGAUAACAAUGUUUGUGUUGGUGCCUGUUUCUCCUACAUGGUACCACACAGUGAACCAUCAGCUCCUGGUGAUUUGAUUCGACCCUAUUGUGAUUCAUGUCAACCUUUGGACAGUGUUUGGCACACGGUAACUCUCGACUGUAAAGACGAAGACAACAAGCCAAUAACAAUGCAGAAAAAAGUUCAAAUAAUCACAAACUGCUCAUGCAGUUCUUGUUUAGAAACAUCGAAAAUCAAGCCCGACUAUAAUACACUUCUUCAAACAUUAUCAGAGGAUAAUCUCGAUAAAAAUGUAAAUAUUGUUCAUGAAACUCCGGAUCUUCUACUGAAUCCAAAUCUCAAUGCUUCGAAAAAUACAUCAAGGGACGUACAGGCGAAUGAAAAAUUCCGUCAGCUCUUCAAACAACUCAAAGAGUCGGCGAAACUUGAUGAAUUUAAGGCGAAGGAACUGUUCUCGAAAUUCGAAGAGGAGGAAUUUGAUUUGGAAAAGCUCGAGGAACUGAUUCAUAAAUAUGGUAAAAUUGGUAGUGUUGUAGGUGGUGGUAGUAGUGGUACAGCUGCUGGUAGUGAUCAACAACAACAACAACAACAACAAAUAUCAAAAGAAAAGGAACAGAGUAAAGAAGUUAAUGAACCUAAUGUACCACAAAUACCAGUAGUCGAAGAUGAUGAGGAUGAUGAUGAACUUCCACAAAUACCGCAUCAUAAUGUACCAACGCAUAUGCACCGGGGACCACAUCAUUCAUUGGUAUUGGAACCAGAUGUCAAGGAGAAAAUUGACGUUGAACCACAUUAUCUUCAUCCAGCUGUUGCCGGACAGGAAAUCAGUUAUCAUGACAAUGUUCUAGUGGACAAAGCAAAGAAGAAAGAAUUUUGAAGUCAAAAUUAACAUUUCGUGAUUAGUUGAUUACUUGACGCUGGACGCCAUAUUAUUUUGGCAGAGAAAACGAAAAUAAAAACUCUUUCGAAAGAGUGGGUGCGUGUUUAAUGUUCGAAUUACCUUAUUCACUAAAAAAAAAAAAAAAAAAUCUGUAGGUAUGUUGAGAAAAAGAAACUGCAACCCUGUGUAGAUAAAUCGUAGAAUCAAUGAAUCUUUGAAGGUAUACGACCACAGGUUUCUAUACUGUACUAAAUCCCAAUUUCAAAACAAGAAAAAGAGAUCAUCAAACUUUGAUUCUAGAAUCAGAAUUAUUGAAAAAUAAAUUGUGCCAAAUAAAUUCGAAAAUAAAUUUUAAAUACUCUUAAAAUUUAUUCUCGAAUUUAUUAGAUACAUUUUUAUCACUCGAGUAGAGAGAAAUAUUCAGUGAAGAUAUUUCUUCACUGAUAAUAAAACUUCUUUUGAAUCAAACAUUUUGUGACGCGCUCUAAAGAAAGGUGGAAGAAAACGAAUUUUUGGUUACGUUUAUAUAUUUAUAUUUUUUUGAAAGUUAUAUUUUAAUUCCUUCUCCUUUCUGUAUUUUCACUCGAACGAAAAUUACGAACAUAACCUAAAAAUUAACCAAAAAAAAAACAAUGAAGAAAGAUAGAAACUUUUCUUCAGAGCGCAUUGCAUUUUAUUCUACUCUCAAUUUUUCGGCAAAGCAAAAAUUUAAACAUUUAAAGAAACAAACAAACAUUUAUUUUAACAUCCAAAUAUUCAAAUCACGAUAAAAUUAAAAUUUUAUCGUGAUUUUAAUAUUUGCAUUAUUGGUAAUUAAAAAUAAACUCGAGUGGAAAAUUAAUUAACGAAACGUAAGAACAAAUCUCUAAGAUAAUCGUACAAAAAAAUUAUCGAUAAUUACAAAUUUUUAUUCAUGUGUAAAAAAAAUAAUACAAUCAUAUUGAUGAUCUUUGUUGAUGACGAUGAUUAUGACGAUAAUAAGAAGUUUGAAAUCCGGCUGGGAAAAUGAGUGCAAAAAUGAUAAAUCUGAAAAUGUUCAGUAUUUUACCUCCCAAAAGUUAUAUAUUAAAAAAUAAAAAGGAUGUGAGUCUUAUAUAAAAAAAAUAAUAAUUACGAUAUGUAUUUUUUUGACAAUAUUGUGCGGAAUUCUGCGCGCGUAAAUAAAUACGUAAAUGAUAUAAAAAUAAUUGCAACUCGUUUGAAAAAAAUAUUACAAUAACGACAAGAAAUAUAUUAUUAUUUAUUAAAACAAAUAAAUGGAAAAAAUGAAUAAUAUUUGUUUAAAAAUAACAUUUAAAUGAUAUUUCACAACGAUUGGGAUCACUCAGGAUAUUCUAGGAAUAUCUAUCGUAAUCGGAUUUGGAAAACAUCAAGAUUCUUGUAAACUAGUUCUUUGGAAAUUAGAUAAUCCUUAAAAAAAAAUUCUAGCGAUAUUCUUUGAAAAUUGGGAGAAAUCUAGGAUAUCCUAAAAUUUUCCAAUUUUUUUCAAAUUAGAACUUAAAAUAUCACUAGGAUUUCCUAGAAUUUCUUAGGGAUAUCCCCUUUAAAUUAAGGUACACCUAGAAAAUCCUAGAGAUAUUUUUUGGAGACUAGAAUACUUCUAGGAUUAGUUCAAAUUUUCUAGGGAUAUUCCUUUCAAAGUAGAAAAUAGAAAUUUGCUGGUAUUUCCUAGAAUUUUUUAUGGAUAUUCCUUGUAAAUUAAAAUAAUCCUAGGAUAUGCUAGAGAUAUUGAUUUUAAACUAAGAUAACUUUUGGAUAUCCUAGAAAUAUUCCUUGAAACUUAUAAUAUACCUAGAAUGUCCUAAAAUAUUCUAGAGAUAUUCCUAGCAAAUUAUGAUAAACCUAGAAAAUCCUUGAGAUAUUCCUGAAAAAGUUACAAUAUUCCUAGGAUGUUCAAAAAUUUUCUAUGAACAGUCCUUACAAGUCAGGAUAACCCUAGAAAAUUCUAGAGAUAUCCCUUAUAAAGAAAAAUAUUUGUAGAGUGACCUAAAAUUUUCUAGAUAUAUUCUUUGCCAAUUAUGAUAUCUCUAGAAAAUGAUAAAGAUAUUCCUUGCAAACUACGAUAACCCUAGAAAAUCCUAGAGAAAUUCCUUGGAACUUAGAAUAUUCCUAGGAUGUUCUACGAUUUUCUAUAGAUAUUUUUUGAUAAUUACGAUACUCCUAGAGAAAUUCCUUAGAAAUUAGAAUAUUCCUAGGAUGUCCUAAGAUUUUCUAGGAAUAUUCCUUGCAAAUGACGAUAACCGUAGAAAAUCCUAGAGAUAUUAUUUGCAAACUACGAUAACACUAAAAAAUCUUAGAGAUGUUCUUUGCAAAAUACGAUAAAACUGGAAAAUCCUUGAAAUAUUCCUAGGAAAAUUUACAAUAUUCCCAGAACGUUUUAAGAUUCUCUAGGGAUAUUCCCUGCAUAUCAGGAUAACCAUAGAAAAUCCUAGAGAUAUUCCUUGAAAAUUAUGAUAACCCAAGAACAUUCUAUAGAUUUUCCUUGGAAAUUAGAAUUUUCUUAGAAUGUCUUAAAAUUUUCUAGGGAUAUUCCUUGCAAAUUACGAUAACCGUAGAAAAUCCUUGAGAUAUUCCUGAAAAAUUUACAAUUUCUCUAAGAUGUUCUAAGAAUUUCUAAGAAUAUUCCCUGCAUAUUUCGAUAACCCUAGAGAAUCCUAGAGAUAUUCCUCGAAAAUUGGAAUAUUCCUAGAAUGUAGGAUAUUCAUAGAAAAUUACGAAAACCAAAAAAUUCUUAGAGAUAUUCCUUGAAAAGUAGAAUUUUCUUGGAAUGUCCUAAAAUUUUAUAGGGAUAUUCUUUGCAAACUAUGAUAACACUAGAAAAUCAUUGAGAUAUUCCUGGAAAAUUUACAAUAUUCAUACAAUGUCCUAAGAUUUUCUAGGGAUAUUCCUUACAAAUUACGAUAAGCCUGUAGAAAAUCGUAGAGAUAUUUCUCGAAAAUUAGAAUAUUACGAUAACCCUAAAAAAUCCUAGAAAAAUCUCUUGCAAUUUAGAAUAUUCUUAGAAUGUCCUAUGAUUUUCUAGGAAUUUUUCUUGAAAAUUAUAAUAAUCCUAAAGAGUCUUUUUUUUCUAAGGAUAUUCCAUUUAAAUUAAGAUAACCCUAGAAAAUCCUUGGAAAUUGGGAUAUUCCUAGGAUGUCCUAUGAUUUUUUAAGGAAUAUUUCUUGCAAAUUACUAUAACCUUAAAAAAUUCUUGAGAUAUUCCUGAAAAAUGCCAAUUCCAUGAAUGUCCAUAGAUAUUCCUUGAUUUUUAAAAUAUUCCUAGGACGUCCUGAGAUUUUUCAGCGAUAUUUCUACAGGUUCGAAAUUAUAAUAUCUCUAGGAUAUCCUAUAAUUUUCUAGGGAUAUUUCUCUGAAUUAAAGAUAUUUCCAGGAUACUCUAGAAACAUUGCUUUUAAAUAAAGAUAACUUUAGGAUAUCCUAGAGAUAUUCCUCUUAAAUGUAGGUAACCUAAGGAUAGCUUAGAGAUAUUUCUUACAAAUUAGAAUAUUCCCAAUAUUUUAUGAGACAUCCUAAGGAUAUUAUUCCAAAUUCAGUUGAACUUGGAAUACUAUAGAGAUAUUGCCAGCAAACAAAAAUACUUCUAGGAUAUCCUAAGAAUUUUCAAGGAAUAUUGUUAUAUUCAAGGAAUAUCCCUAUGAUACUAAGGAUAUUUCUUGAAAAUCCCUAGGAAAUUUUCUGGAGUUAUUCUAGAACCAAUAGAUAUCCGAGAAUAUCCCGAAUUAUCCAAAUGCUGUCAGGAAAAGUUAAUAAAAAAUUAUUUUGUCAAUAAUUAGUGAAGUGGUAUGGUGUAUAAAUCUGUGAAUAUGACAUGACCAACAAAGAAAUGCGCUCUGUUAAUACACAGUGCUCCUGGAAUUUUACUCCUGAAUGGAGUUAAUUAGGAGUGAAAAAAAGAAAUCUUAAUAUAUUUAAUUAUUUUUAAUAUUUUUAUUAUUAUUAUUAUUAUUAUUAUUAUUAUUAUUAUUAAUUGUUAUUUAACUACCAGAUACUAAGGAACCGUACAGAAUACGUAAUUUACGUAAGUUACAUAAUAGUUUAAAAUGUACCCGUGUGGAAAUGUUGACCGGGCCCUGGAGAGGGCCAGGUUUAAAACCGAUUAAAACCACGAGACGAGAAUUUGACUCCGAUUACAAUUGUAUUUUAAUUUUUUUAAUAUAUUUAAUUAUAUUUAUAUAUUGUAUAAUUAUAUAUUCUGAAUAUAUUCUUAUUUAUCAUGCCACAAUUGGGCCAGGAUAGGGCCUGAUUGGAAUAAGGUGUGUAUAUUUCUACACGGGUAGUCUCAUUCUCUGUUGAUUGCAUAUACUUUACUGUAAAUUCUCUAUAAAGAAUAAAAUUGUCAAACUGAA